UGAGGGCUUUUUCGUUAAUUUUUCUCCCAUUUUGCCUGUGCCGCUUUCUCCAGUCCCUCAACUCGUUAAACCCUAAAAACCAGCUAACAACAACAACACACUCCAAAGAAAGGGUUUAACAUCUUGUUCUUCAUCAUCAACAAUGGAAGAAGCAAGAAUCAAAACCUUCCCAGUUAAACCAAAACUCAAAACGAAACCAAGAACACAACAACAAACACCAGAAUCCAAAUACUGGUCCUCUUUCAAAACCCAACAAAUCCCUAAACAAUUCCCAAUCCAUUCCAUCGACUACUCACCAACUCCACCUCACUCCUUCGUCCUCGCUAACUCCACCACUCUUCACAUCUUCAAUUCCAAAACCCUUUCCGAAACCUCCCAAAUCAACUUCAAAGACACAGUCUCAUGUGUUUCGUUCCGUAACGACGCUCGUCUUAUUGCUGCUUCCGAUCUCUCCGGUCUCGUUCAGGUUUUCGAUUUCAACGAACGUCGUCGUAUCCGUCAUCUUCAAUCUCAUACUCGUCCCGUUAGGUUUGUUCAUUAUCCUCGUCAUGAUAAGCUUCAUCUUGUUUCCGGUGGUGAUGAUGCUCUUGUUAAGUAUUGGGAUGUAGCUGAGGCCAAAGUCAUUCAUCAAUUUAACGGUCAUAAGGAUUAUGUCAGGUGUGGUCAUUCAUCGCCGGUUAAUUCUGAUACUUUUGUUACUGGCUCUUAUGAUCAUCUUGUUAAGCUUUGGGAUGUUAGGGUUAGGGAUUCGUCCAAGUCUUCCAUGGAUAUUAAUCAUGGUUGUCCUGUUGAGGAUGUUGUUUUCUUGCCAUCUGGUGGGAUGAUUGCGACGGCGGGUGGGAAUUCUGUUAAGCUGUGGGAUGUUAUUGGAGGAGGGAAGCUUUUGUAUUCGAUGGAGAGUCAUAAUAAGACAGUGACUUCGAUUUGUGUUGGUCGAAUUGGGAAGGAUUCCGUUGAUGAAUCAAAUCAAUAUAGGAUUAUGAGUGUUGGUUUGGAUGGUUAUUUUAAGGUGUUUGAUUAUGGUUCUAUGAAGGUUACUCAUUCUAUGAGGUUCCCUGCGCCUCUUGUGUCUCUUGGUUAUUCGCCGGAUUGUUUGACUAGGGUGAUAGGAACUUCUAAUGGGAUGAUUUAUGCUUCAAAGAGGAAGGUAAAGGUGGAUGAGAAUGACAAGGGGAUUGUGGCGAGUGAGGGUAGUUCCAUUUGGCGAAUUAGGCCUUUGGAGAGUACCGAGAAGAAGGUUUUGAAAACUACUGACUUUAGGUAUUUUCAAAGAGGGCAAGGAGAGAAACCGUCUGAGGGUGAUUACUUGGUUAUGAGGCCGAAGAAGGUGAAGUUGACUGCACAUGAUAAGCUUUUGAAUAAGUUUAGACAUGGGGAUGCUCUUGUGUGUGUGUUGGAAGGUAAGAAUCCUGGCCAUGUAGUCGCUGUGAUGGAGGAAUUGGUGUCGAGGAAGAAAUUGUUGAGGUGUGUUUCUGAUUUGGAUUCGGAGAAGCUGGAACUGCUUUUGGCUUUCUUGCAUAAGUAUUGUACUGUGCCUAAGUAUUCUAGUUUGUUGAUGGGAUUGGCCAAUAAGGUUAUUGAAAUGAGGGCUGAUGAUAUUAGGGCUUCUGAAACUCUCAAGAAGCAUAUAAGAAAUCUCAAGAGCACUGUCGAGGCGGAGAUUCGGAUUCAACAGUCUUUGCAAGAGAUACAGGGGAUAAUUUCUCCUUUGCUGAGGAUUGCUGGAAGAAGAUGAAAUUUUGGCCUUCUUUCCUCAUAUAUGAGGUGUUUUUGUUCACUCAUUGUGUUAUUUUUUAGUGUACUCUUUGUUUUUGUGGUUUAAAGAAAUUUCAGUUCUUUUUCAGAAAUUUUGUGUGCCUUGUAAAGCACCCGGAAAUGUUAUGUUAUGGCUAAUUUUUGAGUUAUUCUCCACUUACUAAGUUAAUCUUUCAUCAAUUAUGUUAUCUCUAUAUA